GUCACGCCUAUCUCCCAGCCUGCGCCCGGAAGUGCAGCUGUUUGUCGCGGGUGAUGGCUUCAAGGUUACUUCGCGGAGCCGGGGUGCUGGUCGCGCAGGCCCUUAGGGCCCGCGGGCCCAGUGGGGCGGCUGCGGUGCGCUCCAUGGCUUCUGGAGGUGGUGUUCCUACUGAUGAGGAGCAGGCUACUGGACUGGAGAGAGAGAUCCUGAUUGCCGCACAGAAGGGUCUGGACCCAUAUAAUAUGCUACCCCCAAAGGCAGCUUCAGGCACCAAGGAAGACCCUAAUUUAGUCCCAUCUAUUACCAACAAGAGAAUAGUAGGCUGCAUCUGUGAAGAGGACAACUGUACUGUCAUCUGGUUCUGGCUGCACAAAGGCGAGACUCAGAGAUGCCCAAACUGUGGAACCCAUUACAAGCUGGUGCCCCACCAGUUGGCCCACUGAGCCCCCUAACUAACUAACUCAGAAUGUGCUGUAAAGUUUCUUCUUUCCAAUAAAGACUAGCCACGGUAUUGGCUCCUCCCAUA